GUGGUUUAUUUUUGUUAAUAACAUAAUUUCAGCGCGCAGCUAGUUUUAUCAAUUAUCUGACUUCUCCCUUUGAUCGCAGAAACUCAGCAACAGCCAUGGUUUCCAAAACUCUUGCAAAGCUUCAGCUUCCUACCAUCAACCUCGGCGGCGAAAACACGAACCCUGGAACAAGUUCAUGGACAUCAACAUGCAACAACAUCAAGCAAGCACUCGAGGAAUACGGUUGUUUCAUAGCAGUGUAUGAUAAGUUUUCUCUAGACCUCCAUAACAAGGCAAUCGAUGUUAUACAACCCAUGUUUGAACUCCCUACUGAAGUCAAAGCUAGAAACUCUUCAAAUCUUCCUUACCAUGGCUACUAUAAGCCCGGAAACCCCAUGCCUCUACUUGAAAGUCUAGGCAUAGAGGAUGCGCUCAUGCGUAACGCCGUUCGGAGUUUUACUAAUCUUUUGUGGCCUAGUGGCAACCAUCAAUUUUGUGAAACUAUCGAUCAAUAUGCAAAGAAAGUAGCAGAACUAGAGCAAUUGGUACUAAGGAUGGUGUUUGAGAGUUAUGGUGUAGAGAAGUACCACAACUCGCAUCUCAACUCUACUUCUUACCUUCUUCGGAUAGCCAAAUACAGGGUACCCCAAAAGAAUGAACACAAUCUUGGGGCUGUUGGUCACACUGACAAGAACUUUAUUACUAUACUUCAUGAGAAUGAUGUCAAUGGCUUGGAAGUUCAAACUAAGGAUGGUGAAUGGCUUAGUAUUGACUCUUCACCACAGUCUUUCAUCGUUAUGGCAGGCGAACCAUUCUUGGCAUGGAGCAAUAACAGAAUACAUGCACCUCUACAUCGCGUGAUAAUGAAGGGAGACAAGCCAAGAUAUUCAUUUGCGUUGUUUUCCACUACGAAAGACACUAUUGAAACACCAAAGGAGUUGGUGGAUGAUGAACAUCCUUUACAAUUCAAGCCUUUCGAUUAUAUGGGAUUGCUUCAAUUUUAUACCGAAGAUGUUAGUCGAAUGGCUGUGUGUACCAUCAAAGACUAUUGUGGUAUUUCCGUAUGUAACAAUUAGUCAACUACUUCCGUUUAAAAUAUGAUAAUAAAUAAAGAAAUCAUUUUCUUAGUCAAUUAUAUUCCUUGUCCCUACUUGCAUUACUAUGUGCUUAAUUUGUCAUUAAUCAGCUAAUCAUGUAAGCGGUUUGUGACAAAGAGUAUAGUCAUAGGUCUAAGUAUGAUAUAACUACCACAAUGAAAAACUUUUGAGAAAUCAUCCUUUCUUUCUCAAGUUUGAUUCAUAGGGACAUAUAUAAGAUAAUACAAGGGUAGCUAAUUUGGAGAGU